AUGGUGCGUCAGGGCAGAGUCAAGAGGAGGAGGAAAGGAGGGACUCUGGAAGAUGGCAGAUGGUACCAACGGGAAGUGGAGGAGGCCCGGAAGCUGAUCUCUAUUUUAAGAAGCCCCCUCGGCCGGCAUCAUGAUAUCAUCCACUUUCGUCAACUGUUAUGUCCAGACCCCUCCUGUGAGAUAUGUAACAGCACAACUGCUGAGAUCGAUCGGCUGCUGUUCCUGCAGGCUCUGGAAGAUUCUACUCCCUUGGCUUCCACAGCUUCUGUGACUUCUUCAUCAUUCACUCUCUCCACUGACUUCUCAGCAGUCCCUCCAGGAGAGCUAAUACCAGCUUCGCUGCCUGAGUCUUCCCCACCACCUGCCUCCAUCUUCUCACCUAACCCAGUGAUCCCUGUGGCUGAUUUCUUUCCACCCUCACCACCGGGUGAUUCUUUGCCACCAGAGCCCUUUCCUCCCUUGGAUUCCAAAUUCCCAAUGGACCAUUUCCCAGCCCAGCCCCCUGCCUUUCCACCUUGUCCCACCCAUCAUGCCCAUUCAGUGGACCGUAGCGUCCAAACAGAGACAGUGUCUCUAAAUACCCUUUCCCAAGAUGUCAGCUCCUUACCGGAGUUGUGGGAGCAGUGUCCAUAUCCUACCACCUCGGAAGAGGGCCAUUUACAGCAAACCCCCAUCCAGUUCUUCUGGGGUUUCCAAACUCCAAGCAGGUCCUUCUUCCCUGCUGCUGAUGCCUCAGAUAACAUCUUGAAUGCCUCCCCAGAGCAGGAAUCCCCAGGAGUUCCCCAUCCACUUCCUCCAUCCUUGCCUGAGAACCCGCCUCAACUCCUGCCUCAAACCCAGCCCCUACCUAUCCCUCAUGUCCAGCCCCAGGCCCACCUUCAAUCCCCACUCCCAAUCCGGCCAUCUGGUCCUCUAGCCAACAUCAGCAUCUGUGGAGUGUGUUUUCACAGACCUCACAAUGAACCUAACCAUCUCACAACAAAAGAAAUCCAACACCUGGAAUGGAGCGUGUUGCAGAAGGUACAGAAACGUGUGUGGGGUUUACCCACUAUAGUCCAAAGAUCCCAGGACUACUGUUCUUCUGCGUCUAACCCUUGUUUCAGCCACAAGGCCACCAAGGCCCAUGAUGUAAUUGCUGUCACUCCUGGGCAGUUUCCUCUGAAUGAAGAGCUUCGGAGAAAACUGGAGUCUCAUCUUGAAAACAGGCUCAUCCUACACCAGAGGGGCCUAACCCGCAGGAUCUAUGAGUCUCUAGCACUGACUCUUCCACAGCUACCUGAGUCUCAGCACCAUGGUGGACGCUCGGCAAUCUCUAAGAAGAGUCCGAUCAGAAGGAGUAUGUCAAAAGCGUGUAUGUGGAGCUCCCAGAAAUUCUGCUAG